CUGGGAAAAAGGGUGCUGUGGGACCAUCUGGUGUUGUAGAAUGGAUUCGUUCUGCUUGCCAUUUCGCCACUGAUAGAAACGAUUUUAGAAGGAACCUACUGGUCAAUUUGGGCAUAUUUGCAGCUGGUGUGUGGGUUGCCAGAAACUUGUCAGAUUUUGACCUGAUGUCUCCACAACCUGUCACGUAAUGAUGGAGACCAUGGGCAGUGUAAGAGGGUGUCAUGGACCAAACAGGAGCCAAAAGGGAUAGGAUAUUUGUUCAAUGACAAUAUUAUUUGUUAACACUUAUUAAAUAUUUUCUGGAAACUGAAAUGUUGGCCUUAUUGUUAAUACUGCGAUUUAAUACAGUUAACAAGUUUAUUCAAUAAUACAUUCUUUACGUCAAACCUGAGGAGUCGUAAGCUGGAACCAACAUUUGUGAAGCGGAAGACGGUCGAUGUGACACCCAUGGCUAUUUUAACAAGUCCUGAAGUACACGGAAUGGAAACAUGUCGAGUUGAAGCAAAUUUAUUGAUAAGCCAGUGCCACUAAAAUACUAUGGCCACACAGAACCAUUUUGUCGCUGCUGCUCAAAAAUGGCUGCGUGUUGGAAAGAAAUCGCUCUCAAUCCCUCGGAGUUUGGACCUGGCUGCUGGAGUCAUGGCUGUUAACACAGGUCUGAAGCCUGCACUGCUGUAUGAUGCCAACUCCGCUCUGGCUGAUCAGAUCCAAAGUUAUCUUACUUCACUACAGUCAGAACAACUCGUAUCUAAAUCUCUCAUAACAUUGGACAUUAAUGGAAAUAACCUAAUUGUUAAUCCAUCUUUAACAAUGGAUCAUUUAGAAAAGUUCACAAAGACGACUGUGGCUGUUAUUGACGUGCGUCACUCACUGGACCAGCCUUCUAUUAUCACGGAUUUACGGGAGGGAGAUUUGGAAGAGAUGAUUCAGACUUUGCUUACUUUUCUUAAGGAUUUUAGACAAGUUUCAGAGGUUAAGACUCCUCUCCUUAUUGGGGACCUUUCUGAGACAUGGAAUCUAUGCACCCUCUUUGGGAUUCUAUUGGGUUACCCAGUUACUUACUGGUUUGAUCAAAAUGAAAGCUUUGAGAAUUGCUUGACUAUGACCCCACUUGUGGUGACCAAAGCUCUUGCAACUUGGCAGGUUAACACAGAGUCUCGCCAGUGUUGCCUGUACUCCUUUAGCUCACCAGAGGCCCUGGAGGCAGAUACUGUGUCAGUCCUGGAUGACUGGACUUCAAGGCUUAAAGAAAGAUUUCAGCAGCAGACUGUGUUCUCUGGACUUAAUAUUUCCAAAACCACUGCCACCUUACCCUCAGUGACACUUUGAUUAUAGUCUUUCUAUCUUCAAUCUUUUAGAAACAGAACAUAAGUACAUUGCAAUGACCUUCAACUAGUCAUCACCUUAUACUAAAUCAAAGAGGAAGAUCUAUUGGAGUAGAACUUGUGUAUAAACAGCAUUUGAAAAAUAA